GGCUGAGAUAAAGGGAGUUCGCCAAAGCAGGCUUUUGCUGAAGAGGGGGCGCUUUUUUUGUGUAUUUUUUUAAGGUCCACUUUCUCAAGAAAAAUAUGCUUCACCUGAAACUAGGACGCGUUGGGUGCUUGCUUACUAGGCGUGCCAUGGUGGCACUGACUGACAGUGGAGCCAGGCUGUCCACCCAUGGGCACCAUGAGGUGUCUGACCAGCUGGACAUGUCACAGCCAAUGUAUUGGGAUCGCCUGGACACGCCUCUGCCAGACAGACCGUGGAAGGAUGUCCUUGAUGCUACAGAUAAGAGCUUGAAACAGAAGGAAAAGGGGCCCUGGAGUGCACUGUCCAAGGAGGAGAAAAUUGCUUUGUACAGGCUGAAGUUCAACCACACCUAUCCUGAGAUGAAGAGGCCCUCCCAGGAGUGGAAGACUGUCAUUGGUGGAAUGUUCAUCUUCUUUGGCAUUACUGGUCUGGUGGUCAUUUGGCAGAGCUUCUAUGUUUAUCCACCCCAACCUCCAACCUUUGGAGAGGACUGGCAGGCCAAGCAGGUCCAAAGGAUGCUGGACAUGCGGAUCAACCCAAUUGAGGGGUUUUCUGCAAAGUGGGACUACGAGAAAAAACAAUGGAAGUAAAGAAAGCAGGUCAACAGAGGGACCACUGUGUUGAAGGAGGUGAACCUUGAACCUGUGUUCAGCCAACUAUCCAUCUAUCUGAAUCCUUCCUCUUAUUAAUUAAUAAAUGACUUCAUUUUCUCUCCAUAUUUCUGAGAAAAUAAGAGUUGAUCAUUAUGGGCUGUUUGUCCUCAGUCUUCCUGUGGUAAUGUGAAUGGAUUGACCCUGUGAGAGUUAUGGGAUGUACUGUUGCCUUUGGUCCUAACAACACAGUAGCCCACAUUAUUUAGUCCCCUCACUGGGAAAGUCUUCAAUGUGGCAUUUUUAGUUCUCACAGAACAUAAUUUCUAUUCUAAAAAAAAGUGUUGCUUAACUAAUAUAAACACAUUAUGCUGAGAGGAAAAGAUACAUUUGUCUGAAAACAUUUUACUUAAACUGCUAAACUGCUCUAUUAAAAAAAAAAAAACGAUUGCAAUGGCUUUCAUUGAGCAGGUCA